AUGCCCACUCCCGUUACCCGGAAGUACGCACAAUUCCCAAAGAUGGCGGAGCAAGGUCCAAUGGCGAUAGCGAUGCGGCUAAGAAAUCAGCUCCAGAACGUGUAUAAACUGGACCCUUUGAGAAAUGAAGAAGAAGUGAAGAUAAAAAUCAAGGACCUGAAUGAACACAUUGUGUGCUACCUGUGUGCAGGAUACUUCAUCGAUGCCACUACUAUUACAGAAUGUCUUCACACCUUCUGCAAAAGUUGCAUUGUCAAAUACCUCCAGACCAGCAAAUAUUGUCCAAUGUGUAACAUUAAAAUACAUGAAACACAGCCCUUACUGAAUCUGAAACUGGACAGAGUAAUGCAAGACAUCGUUUACAAACUCGUCCCAGGGCUACAGGAAAGUGAAGACAAGCGAAUCAGGGAAUUUUAUCAAUCAAGAGGCCUCGAACGUAUUAUACAACCAGUGGGAGAUGAUUCUUUGCCAGAUAACACAGGAUUACCUUACACCAGCUUCGAUCACUCUAAAGCCCAUUUCUACAGAUACGACGAACAAGUCUCGCUCUGUUUAGAACGGCAAAGCUUGUCAUUAUCUGGAAAAGACAAAAAUAAGUUAACUUUACAGCAAAAAUUUGUUCGUUGUUCGGUUCGAGCGGAGGUCCGGCAUUUAAGGAAAGUCUUGUGUCAUCGACUUAAUGUAGAGAGACAUCAGGUCCAAAUGCUGUUUAAUAACGAAUCUCUACCAGAUCACAUGACGAUGAAGCGGCUCUGGCUUUCCCACUGGUUUGGAAAGGCCCAGCCACUGGUUCUCCACUAUGCCAUCAAGGAUAAAAGAACAAGAUAGGAUAUGGAAAUAAUAUCAACUGGUGUACAUAUUUUGUAUUUUAUAUAUUCUAUUUUAAUAGUUUUUCUUUGCAUAUAUACUUAUUUUUUGUUUUGUAUUUUUGGAAAAUAAAUUAAUGUGUAAAAAAUA